GUUUUGGUUUAUGCGUUACUUCAAAGUUUGUUGUUCCCUAUUAUCGCUGUCCAUGUCUGCUGCAUCGAAGAGUUCAAAUCAGGUUUAUUCCAAUAAUAAUUGGGGCACAAUCUCUUACUUUAUUGUAUAGUAUUGUUGGUGUAUUCAAACUUCAAUUCUUACUAAGUUUUGGAAUAUCCUCCCGUCAAAAACUUUACUGUUUGGUUGUUUUAUCGGUACUUGCUCCCCUGAAGUAGACCAAAAAGCCCCAUGGCGCUCGUCAAUAAAAUUCAACCGAGUCAUGCUGUUCCACCUACUAAACGCGCAGAAAAGUUAAAAAGAGUUGGAUCUCUUGUGGAAUUAUUUGAUUUCUUCGUGUUGAAUGAAGGGACGGUUAUUGAUACUGUGUCUGUUAACACCUUCUUAUAUACCUAUCGCAUAUUUGCUGAUAUGGAAUUAGUCUUGGAAGUUGUAAAUAAAAAAUUUUGGGAUACAUGCCAUUCAAGCCUAAUACCUACCUCUUGGAAAGUUGGGAUUAUUUCGUCUUUUCAGUAUUUUCUUGGUGCAUGGUUGCAGCAGCCUCAUGUAAAAGAUUUUGAUUCCCCACAGAAAAUUAUCCAUCUUAAAUGGCUAAUACGGAUUCUUGCCGGUUGGUUUGAUGUUUUUCAACCCUCUUAUAAUCACGACAGUCACAAUUAUGUUCUAAAAGAGUUAAUGAGGUGCUGUGGAAAUAAUAUGUCUUCUAAAAAUCAAGAUACGACGCGAAGCGUUUUGUGCAACAUUGAUUCAGAAGUUUGGGAUCGAAUUACUGCAGAUAUGGAGUAUUUAUGCCGACAAGCUGUAAAUUGUCUCAAAAUCAUAGCCUGUAAAUAUCAAAUAGACUUAACUCGGGAAAAACAAUUACCGUCAGUGCGUAUAAUCACCAUAAAUCGAGUCAGUUGUCAUCAUUCACUACACAACUCUGCAAUGCAUAAAUCAGAAAAGCAUUUAAAAGAAAUAAUUACCAUUACACCUUCUAUUAACCCCUUAAUUAAUCUAUGGAAUUUAAAUUUAGAUACAGUUGCUGAACAACUGACUGUUGCUGAUCAGAGAUUAUUUCUCGACAUGGAGUUAAAUGAUUGCCUGAUAUAUGCUAGAGGCAAACCUGCUCCAUCCGUGCAAGCUACAAUCGACCAAUAUAAUAAAUUAUAUCAUCUUGUCCAAAGUUCAAUGUUUAACUCAGAUCAGGAUUUUCCAAUACUAGUAGAACCUACACCGAUCUAUUCACGACGUUUUAAUAAACGGGGUAAUUAUAAUAGUCCAACGACAAGAGUUAGUCCACAGAUAAUAACGAUAUGGUCUAAAAAUUCACCUAAUCAUAAUUCUUUGGCAUCGGAUGUGGGAAAAUUAAAAACUGGAUGCAUAAUUACAUGGAUUGAUAUUGCUUAUCGAUUAGGACAAACAAAGAAUUAUUCAGCAUUAAAAGCCAUAAUUAUGGCUUUGCAGUCCACUCCAGUACUCCGAUUAUGGCAUAGUUGGAAUGUUUUGGAAUAUCAUUAUCAUGAACAUUUUAUGAAGUUUAAAUAUUUGGCUUCUGUAGUAAGCUUUGAUAAUAAUCAAGAACAAUUGAGAAAACGGUUAGAUAAGUGUGCGAACAAAAUGUAUUGGUACUUAAAACUCAACAAUCCAAAUCCAUUAUGUGGAGACAUAAGCAGACCUGGUGAUAUCUCACAAUUUGAAGAUUCUGAUGCAGAAUAUGGCAGGAGAACUAAGCAUUCAACUUUACCAAAUCAGUCAUCUUAUUUAAGUGGUGUCAUACCGUAUCUCGGUGUAUUUCUUAGUGAUUUAACUUUAUUGCAUCAUUCGUCACCGGAUUAUAUCAGUCGAUCAAAAUAUUCCCCAUCAAAUGAGACUAAACAAGAAAUUAAUACAAAUAAUCAGGAAAGUGCUCUCGCUUCUACUACUACUACUACUGAUGAUAAUAAUAGCAAUAAUAAUAUUAAUUCAUCAGUAAUCAAUCCAGUAAAUAAUACUAAUGAUUUUUCAAAACAAUCAGUUAAAAAUCAGUAUGGUAAAAUAAAGCUGUUGCAUAUAUCAGAUCAACUUGAGAAUUUCACCCGAAGUACACCUGAUUUAUCAGCAGUAAUAGCAUCGUCAUCAACCGUACAAUCAGAUAAUAACAGUACGAAACAAUCCUGGAAAUUAUUGAAAAAUGUAUCAUCAAAUACAAAUGUCCCACCUAUUAAACCAUCAGUUUCUGCUGAUCGUAAUGAUAAUAUUCAAUUAACUGGGCGUGUCAAGAAGGAAAAGUUUGGCCUUUCUAGACGUCAUUCUACAACUGAUAGUGCUGAUGACAAAUUAAUCAAUCUGGAUAAACAUCGUCGAGAGUUUAGAAUUCUAGCAAAUAUUUUUCUUCUUCAACAAAAUGCCCAAUUUUAUUCACUUAGACCUGAACCAGAUUUUAUUACAUGGUUUCAUUCUUAUCCAUUAAUCUCAGAAAAUGAAGCUCUCAAUCGUUCUUGUGAUCUAGAACCAGUUGAUGAACAAGUACAACAGCAUAUAAAUAGACCUUUCAGCGCAUCUCCAUAUACAUUUGAUACAAGUGAUUCAAGUGGUGCAUUCGAUAUAAUAAAUAGUAAUAAAUCACGACACCCACGUAAUAAUACAAAUAUCCAUGUAGAAAGAUCUAAAUAUGCUAUAACCCGUCCACCUAGUGCUACAGCUAUUGGUGCCACUACUACUACAUCACUCAUGAGGAAUCCUAACACUAACAUUAGUAUUAUUAAUAGUAUUAGUUCAAGUCGAAAUAAUAAAUCACGAAUUAAUGGAACAUAUUCAUCAAGUGAUUUACUUAAUGAUAUCAAAUACAACAGGUCAACAACUACUGACGAACUAAUCACAGGAAAUAGUUUGGACAUUUUAUAUCAGCAAAAUAACCACAAACAUAAUAUGAAAACAUCAACUUCUAGAUGGAACACACACAAAAGUUCAUCGGCUACAUUCGAUGCACGUAAUAAUAGCAAUAGUAACAACAGUAAUUUAUCCAUUACUAUUUCUUUGCAUCAUACAAAUAGUCAGCAUGAUGGUCGUGUAUCACCAUUUAUUGCUAAAGUUGCUCAAUUAGGUAGCCUGUCUCAUGGAUCGCAUGGCCAUAACGAUAAUCGUUUUUCUAGUUCGAAACAAACGCAACCCACAAUUCAAUUGUCGGUUUCUCCUGUGGAUAGUGUUUCUGAUGUACUGUUGAAAGCCCUUAAAUUAUUUGGUUGUGCCGAUCAAAAGGUUGAUAAUUAUGAUCUAAUUCAUGUCCGUAAAGAUACUCGAGAUGUAACUCUACCAAAAAAUCUCAACUUUUAUGAAUCGAUAAAUUAUUCUUCCUUUCAUUUAUCAAAUAAUAAACAUUAUGAAUUAUUAGAAUUUAUUUGUACACCAACUAUUCAUAAUGAGAAUAAUAAUGACAACAAUAGUAGUAACUAUAGUAAUAGUUUAAACAGUUCACCAUCAUCAUCGUCAGCAGCAUAUAUAAAAACUAACAAUAACACAAAUUAUCAUGGUAAAAAUCACAAUCCACAGCCUAACAGGACUACAAUUGAAUAUGUUAAACACUACAAAUUAACAAGUAAAAGCUCUAAUAAACAUUGUACUGUUGAAUUAUGGUCAUGAACAUUUAUUAACAAUUGUUUAUUUCUAAAAAAAAGUUGAUUGUUUUUCAUCAGUUUAUUGUUAUUUUUCAUUAUCAAAUGUGCUCAAAUGCAUAUUGCCAUUGUGAAUAAUUUUGUCAUAUGUUUUUGUCACUGCGCCAUUUAUUUUUGCCAUUAAUUGAUCCUAUCAAUCAAUAACUAAAUAAAUUCUCUCUCCCCGAAGAAAAAUUUGUUCAAUAUUUCGCCAUUUGUCUUUCAUGAUCGCGCAUUUUUUAAAUAAUUGUUCUGUUUUUUCUAUUCUCAUCACUUUUCCUAACCCCGUUCCUCUUUACACUCACUUUGAAUUUUCUGCCAAAUGUGUAGUUCAUUGUUCUGGUUAAAUCCCUUAUGGAGUUGUAAGCUACGUCGAAACACAUAUCUAGCAGUGCAUCUUUUAUGUUAAUGUGAUUAUUAAAUGUCGUGAUCCCACAUUUCCUUUGUUUAUUCAUUAUAACCUAUAUGCUUACCAUUAAGGAGAUAAUAACAUAUCUUACUUAUUUGUUCACUGUUCAAUAGUAAAGAAUCGCUGUUUCUUUUACUUUCAUUUAUUUUUAUUGAUAUUGGAUUAAAAACAUAAUCAAUUGUAUAUUUAUAAACUAUUCUGUAUUUUGAAUAUCAUAUUGUCAAAAUACAUAAAUAUAUUUCCUGUACAACUUUUAUGAGAAUAAUUUCUUAAUUUAGAAAUUUCGAUG